CUUGCAGUACUUCGGCUCGAAGCUUGUAACGAUUCGGAGGUAUACGGCCAGGCUCUGAUCUGCUCUGCUCUGCUCUGCUCUAAACCGCUCAGAAAUUUCACGUUCUUUUAGUGAGCGGCACGAGCGAGUGAUAAAAUUUGGAUCGCGAAUUAAGACAGAAAUUCGAAAAACAACAGAAUACCUUAAAUCGCACUUAAGUGGAUUUUAAUUGACGCCUUGUCGUGAAUUGUCAUCGGGUUUUUGGCUCUGACCAGUGCGGUUUAUGGGAUCGUUAACGGGAAUGCAUAUAUUAAGCUGGUGGCUUUGGCUGCUGCUUCUUGGCGCAGCGGGAAUGACUGUGUCUGCCCAAUAUUUUGCCUACGCGCCCGGAAAGUGCGAGGUAACCAUUUCGGAUGUAAUACAGGCAAUGCUCAACACCGAGACCGGCAUCCUCCUCGGAAGACGACGCCCGCCGCAAUCCAAGCUGCUGCAGUACGAGCUCUACACGCCUCUUAAUCCGGAGGAGCGUCAGUUGCUGCGACCAGGAGAUAUCGGCAUGCUAAAGAACUCACACUUCAAUCCCAAAUGGCCAGUGAGGGUUUCUAUUCAUGGCUGGGCGGGAAAGGGUACUUCCUGCUCUAAUGCCGCCAUCAAGGAUGCCUACUUAUCCCGGGGCAAUUACAACGUCAUAAUUCUGGACUGGAGUCGCCAGGCGAUGGACUUCAGCUAUCCGCGUGUGUCCAAGCAGCUUCCUUCGAUAGCGGCCAAUGUGGCAAAAAUGCUGCGAUUUUUGCACGAUAACACGGGGGUUCCAUACGAGCAAAUCUACUUGGUGGGUCACAGUGCCGGGAGUCACAUCUCCGGUUUGACCGGAAAGUUGUUGAAGCCACAGCGGUUGGGUGCCAUUUUUGCCCUGGAUCCCGCUGGUCUCACUCAACUGAGCUUGGGACCCGAGGAGCGGCUGGACGUGAACGAUGCCUCGUAUGUGGAGUCCAUUCAUACGGACUUAACGCUGCUGGGCAAUCCGAGCACCAAGCUCAGCCACGCCUCCUUCUUCGCCAACUGGGGCCUGGGGCAGCCACAUUGUCCCAACGCCACGGCCACGGAGUUUGACUUUGUGUGCGACCACUUUGCGGCCAUGUUCUACUUUGCCGAGUCAGUGCGUCAGCCCAAAUCGUUUGCCGCCUUGCGCUGCAGCUCGGCGCAGUCGGUGAUCUCGGCCACCUGCAACUGCAGCGGCGCUGGCAGCCAAAAGCAUGCAGCUCAGACUUGCAGUGGCGACGAGUUCAUGGGCGGCGAGCCGGCGGUUCCCAAGAGGGGCAUUUUCUACCUGAGCACACGGCCACGAGCUCCGUACGGCACCGCCGAUGGACUGGUCCACGUUCGACGCCCCCGGCCGACAACAAUUCGGAAGACGGCAAAUCGUCCUCUACUUGGGUAAAAGCCCAGAUCAGAAGCCAGAGAUGAGAAUUGACCAAAAUGUGAUUUAUCAGCAUAUUUAAUUAUAGCCUAAGCUAAGACCGGUAUGCCCAAAGAAUGCGAAUAAAGCAAAGAUUAUUUUACACUUGA